GGCAUCUGAAAUACAGCGAGAAAGAAAGAGAUUGUUGAGAGAGAGAGAGAGUUUGUAGAGGAGAUUGUAGAGAGAGAGUGAGUGAGAGAGAGAGAGAGAGAAUGAUGAUGAUGGGAGAAGGGGGUCGUCACCUCCAUCGCGAUCCGACGGUGCACGCGCCGCCGUGGAGCCCGUUCGACGAUCCGACGGGGGGGUACGGGGGCGGGGAGUGCUCGCCGUACGUGAUGGGGGGUGGGGCGGCGGCGCUGGCGGCGGCGCUGCAGGGCUACGCGGCGGUGGCGGCGGCGGCGGCGGCGGCCGCUGGGGAGGAGGAGGAGGAGGAGGAGCUGCUGGACGAGGCGGAGCUGGCGGACGCGCCGGUGGACGCGUUCUCGUGCGACGAGUUCCGGAUGUACGAGUUCAAGGUGCGGCGGUGCGCACGGGGGCGGAGCCACGACUGGACGGAGUGCCCCUACGCCCACCCGGGCGAGAAGGCGCGCCGCCGCGACCCCAGGAAGUACCACUACUCCGGGACCGCCUGCCCGGACUUCCGCAAGGGCAACUGCAAGCGCGGGGACGCCUGCGAGUUCGCGCACGGCGUCUUCGAGUGCUGGCUGCACCCGGCGCGCUACCGCACCCAGCCCUGCAAGGACGGCACCGCCUGCCGCCGCCGCGUCUGCUUCUUCGCCCACACGCCGGAGCAGCUCCGCCUCCUACCCCAGCAGCAGCAGCAACAGCAGCAGCAUCAGCAGCAUCAGCAGCAGCUUCUCCUUGCGAGCCCUCGGGGAUCCUGCUCCGCGUCGUCGGCGCCGCCUCCCGAGUCCUACGACGGGUCCCCGCUGCGGCGACGCGCGCUGGAGUCGUCGCUGUCGAAGGGCCUCGCCUCGAGCUCGCCCACCUCCACGCUGCUCUCCCCGCCGCUCUCGCCGCCGUCCGAGUCCCCGCCCAUCUCCCCCAGCGGCAGCGCCGCCGCCGCCGCCGCGCUGCGGCGCGCGUCGUGGCCCGUGGCGGGCGCGUCCAUGAACGAGCUCGCCGCCUCCUUCCGGACCAUGCAGCUGAGCAAGGUGAAGUCGGCGCCGAGCUCCUGCGGGUUCCAGCUGGGCGGCGCGUUCGGCUCGCCGCGGGGGAGCGCCGGGGGUUUCGGCGGCGGGUUCUGGAGCCUCCCUUCGACUCCCACCAAGGAGUCGGCGGUGGGUGGGGGUCUCAUCGCCGGGUUCGGCGACGGCGCCGAGUUGGGCCUGGUGGGAGAGGAGCCGCCCGUUCAGAGGGUGGAGUCCGGGAGGGCGCUGAGGGCGAAGAUGUUCGAGAGGCUGAGCAAGGACUGCGCCGUGGCCAAGUCCGAUACCCCGACUCCUACCCCGGACGUCGCCUGGAUUUCAGAGCUCGUCAAGUGAUUUGCUGGGAACUACCCAAAGAAUAUUAUAACAAGUGUUAUGAAAAAAAAAAAAUAAGAAGAAGAAGAAAAGAGAGACGGGGAAAAAGUAAAGAAGAAAAAAAAAAAAGAAACGAAGGAAAGAUGAUGGAUUUUGGUAAGGGGUCUAAGCGCCCUAAUUUUUUGCAUGAAUAUUGUGAAUAUUGUUGUUGUCCAAAAAAAAAAAAAAAAAAGGGAGAAAAAGAGAGAAUGUUAAUUCUGUAUAUAGGUGUGAAGGGUGCAUGGAGGAGAGGGAUUACGAUGCUAGUGGGUGGAUCUGUUUUGGGGCUUCUUGCUGUAGUGGCAGUAAAUAUUAUUUAGCACUCUCCUGUGUAUAGAGACCAAUCAAAUUUGAAGCGACCAACGGAGAAGAUGAUGAAGGAACUAAAGAAGGGUGGCAUCAACUGCUGUGGGAAAAAUUACUUUACUAAUUUCGAUUUUUUUUUUAAGCAUAUGUUAUGUUGCUGCUUAGCUUUUGUUCAUCUUGGAAAUUUGCUUAAAAUUGUCGCACUCCUUUAAUCUCACCGUUUUGGUUCUAUUUUUGUGCAUGCUUGUAGUUUUCUGAUAUCCUGAUCUUUUAUAUAAAAUAUAUGUAACUGUAUCUCUCAUUGUCAUCUUCGCGUUAUUAUAAAAAUGUAAGAUAUUGCUCUUA